AGAAGGAUGGCUGUUCAGAAUAUAUCUGAGUCAGUGUAUGUUGGAUUGUGUCUCAAAAUAGGGACCCCACAACAGGUGGCCUCAAGAAGACAUACAGUGGACAUUAGGGAGAUGUUGGCAAACAACGAACCAUCAAUAAUGAUGCUGAGUGGGAGUUGUAGAGAAGGAUUUAGAUUGAGUGGAUCAGACCUGGACUACAUGCAAUGGCCAAAUAACCACCGAGUGAUCUGGGAGUUCUCUCAGUGUCAGUUUUACAACACACAAGAACACGCACUGAUUCUCUGUGACAGUUCUGAGAGUCCACCAGGAUUCACUUUACUAUGGUUACCAUUAGAUAGAGCAUACAGUAGAGUGAUGUCAGCGUGUGUUAGGAUGAAUGGAAUGCUCUAUAUAUCAAGUUCAAAGUACAGAGAAGUCACGUGUUCUAUUUUUCGCUCUGAUUCUACACCACACGGACCAUGUAGUAGUGGAUCAGAUGGUGAAGUGGAAUACGAUAUUGCCCAUUGCUUUGUCAGUGAUUUCUGGCCUCCGUGUGCCUCCUCAUGGAUAGACAGGUGUCACUCAUGGCCCCCACCUCAUGUUGUAAACGAUAUUAUUAGAAAUGGGUGUCACUUUGUAGCAAUAGGACACAAACUAGGACAUCAUACAGACAACGAAUGGAGAAUUUCUUUUUCACAGGCGGAAUACAAACUUGUGUAUGCAAUGAAUCACACACAAUUCUUAACAUAUGGAUUGCUAAAACUAUUCUUAAAGGAAAUCAUUAACAAAGGAUUGCGAGAUGAACAGAAACUACUGUGUUCCUAUCACAUGAAAACGACUGUUUUCUGGGCGAUUCAACAAAAUGCUCUACCUCACUGGUGUCCACAAAAUCUCAUGGUCGGUUUCUGGGUCUGUUUUAAACUUCUCCUUAAAUGGGUGUACGAGGGAAAUUGUCCUAAUUUUUUUAUUCCAGAAAACAACAUGUUUCUGAACAAUAUCUAUGGUGAUGCACAAAAGACAUUAUUCACGCGACUAUAUAGAUUGUAUGAGAAGGGUAUAGCAUUGCUGCUACACAGUCCAUCCAUCAGGUCAUACAUCGAUAAUGUUUUGGUUAAUCCCAAACUCACUGUUUUUACCGUUGGACUCAGUCUGAUUUCCGAGGUUGAACUUGAUAAAGAUAUUUUUUAUGAAAUGUUUAUUAAUGAUUCAAAAGGCACACUAGACCUACGGAUAUGCAGAAAGGACCUACAUGCUGUGGAACAAUUAAUAGGUUUACCCCUAACACAGUAUCACAUUGUCAUGUUACAGAAACUUACAGCCACCAUCCUUCAGUGUACUGCGUUUAUGUUACACAACUUGUACAAUAACACAGGUUCUAACAAACAGUUGUAUAUUGUAGACAAAAUGGCUUGUCACAUGCUGAAAAUAGCUGCUAGGUGUGGGUGUGUGUCUGACAUGUUAUACAUUGCCAUGUAUUAUUACAAAACAUUCAGAUACAGGGAAGCUUUAUCAGUUAUAGAUAUAACAAAGGUCAAGUUAGAACAGCCAUAUCUGAUGUAUGGUUGUCAUGUAGACAGAGAGAGGUAUAUUGAGGCUGUAGGGGGGCAGUCCUUGUCUACGAAGAUGAGACGGGCUGUAGUAUAUAAUAUCAAAUUGGGCAAUGACAAUGAAAUCUUUUAUAUCAAUGAAUUAAAACCAGAACAACUGUCUAGUAACCAAAACAAUGGGCAUGUCUUGUUUAUUCCACCCCUCAUACUGUUGUAUAUGCUAGAGUUUUUGUGCUCUAGACAUGUCGAUACACUGAGAGCACAGAGAGCUUUAGAUGAUCUACAGGUCCUGGUCCACCAUGAUCAGGGGGAGUUAAUAGAUGUUGACCUCAGAAACAUCUCCUGGGAGAUCCUGGGGAUCUGUCAACAGAUCGCAGGGAACCUCCAUGCUGCCCUGUACUCAUACCAACAGUCACUAAGAGAAUAUCCAGGUAAUAAAAUACAAACCGCUACCAUACAGAGAAUUCAGGAUCUACAUUUAUGAACUUACUGACAAGCAGUAUGGAAUUCUUGUAUGUCAAACACUGACAUUGUUAAUUGUGUUUGCUCUGGUUGGUUUUCUCUAAAGUUGUCUUGUGUCUGUGUAAAGGGGGGGGGGGUUACACUUAUGAUUUGUAUGACCCAAUAAAUAAGUGUAUAUUUAUCUUAGUCUAAUACAAAUUUAUUUGUUAAUUUAAUCAAUGUUGUAAACCUAAAAUUUACCAGACAGAGAAUUCAGGAUCUACUGUAACAUUAAUUUUAUGAACUUACUGACGAGAACGUAUAUAUAUUUAAAAAAAUGGCAUGUCAAAAUCUGACAUUGUUAAUCGUAUUUGUUCUGGUCAUUUUUUUGUAAAGUUGUGUAUGUGUAGGGGAGGUGUUGCACUUAUGAAAUCUACGUAUGAUGUAUAAUCAUGGAGAUACGUGUAUAUUUAUCUUUAGUUUGUAUAGUUAACAUUUAUUGUUAUACUUUCAUGUUAAAUACUGAAAUCUGAUUGGUUAAGACGCAGUUAAUAAUAUUUACUAUUACCCUCAGCGUUAGCAACGCACUUGGCAACGGGUAACAUUAAAACAUGUUACAUGCGCGAAAAUUAUGCGCGUACGGUUCGCUGUAGAAUUCACGUUAUUCCUAUAUAAAAGCAGUACAAUUUUCUUAAAAAUUUUAAAAAAGACAUUCAGUAUAACAAAAUAAAUAGUGCCUGUUUGGGAGGAUAACAGUUGAA